AUUUGCGCAAUGCAGCAGAAAAACGCAGCGUGCGUAAUGGUGUCUUAACUUUUGAAGGGUGCUCUUCAAAAGGUGUAGCGUUUGUUCUGAACAUGAAUGUUGUGUGUGUUUUGUGUUCAUUUUAACUGCACGAAAAGGACUAGGGUCUGACAGAGUUUCUUCUAUCUAGAGCCGCAGUUGAGUGGCGAAGUUUCAGAAUAGGCUAGAGGUACCAACUCCUGUCCCCAAAUUUGGCCUCGGAGAGUUAACCCUUCUGGGACUGCUGGCUCGAAGUUAACGAGACGCAUGUGUUGUCGUUUGGAGCGCACAGAGCACAUCGGUUCUAAUGGGACUAAAGGGACUAGUCAAUGACUUUCUCCUGCAAACGAAAGAGCUCAGCACCUGCCAAAACAUGCAGUAAUGCAGUCUUAUUUGAGGUUAACGCGCUUCAGUAGCUUUCCUUGCCAACAUGACAACGGUACAUCCGUGGAUUGUUCAAUUUCCCUGAACCUGCGCGUGACAUAAUUGCCCAUACAAUGGACAGCAUCUAAUCUGUUAAAAGGUAAUACUGUUCAGUUUAAACUGCCUUUAACUGACAUUUCGGAAUGAUGAAGUUCAUAGUGAUUUGAACUAGCUGGUUGCACGCACGCUAAUGUAGUUAGCCAGACAAUCUGUCAAAUCUGUAAAGCACAGAACACGUGAAAGUGAUGUUGUUCUUAAAAGAUUAGGAAGGCGUUUGCGUUCUGUGGUUACAAAGUACAUAACUUUAAUUCGAGGUACAGUCACCAAAACUUCAUAGGUAGGCUACUGGAGCACAAUCAGAAAUGUCUAGUCAGUCAGCAUACCAACUCUGCUGUGGUCGUCACUCUUGACUGUGACGGUGUUUGUUUUUCCACUUCUUCAGCCAGCCAAUCCGAAAAGCCAAAGGGUACGAUGGAUAACACUACGACUGUCCUCCCUUCGACAUUCAACCUGUCAACCGUGAGCAAUGUCACUUCUUCUUCCACGAUGGCUAUUGACAGACUUCUGCCGGCACUCUUGGAGUGCUUUGGCAUCAUUCUCUGUGGAUAUAUCGCUGGACGGGCCCACAUAAUAACACCCACUCAAUCUAAGGGACUGGGCAACUUUGUAUCAAAGUUUGCCCUCCCUGCUCUUCUUUUUAAAAACAUGGUGUUGUUGGAUUUCGGAGACGUCAUCUGGCCGUUUCUCUGGAGCAUUCUGAUAGCCAAAGUGUCCAUAUUUUGUGUUGUGUGCGUCCUCACCUUGCUCGUCGCCAAUCGUGACAGCAGGUUUUCAAAGGCUGGUUUGUUUUCCAUAUUUGCCACCCAAAGCAAUGACUUCGCCCUGGGAUACCCCAUUGUUGAAGCUCUGUACAGGAACACCCACCCGGAGUAUCUGCAGUACAUCUACCUGGUGGCCCCCGUCUCCCUCAUCCUCCUCAACCCGCUGGGCUUUGCCCUCUGUGAGGUCCAGAGGUGGCAGAGUGGCAACAGCGAGCGGCCCCAGAGCAAGCUGCAGGUGCUGGGCACAGUGGCCAUGCAGGUGUUGCGGAACCCCAUCGUGUUCAUGGUGGUGGUGGGCCUGGCCGCCCACUUCCUGCUGGGCCAGCGGAUCCCGCCCUUCAUGGCCCAGUUUGUGGACGGCCUGGCCAACUCGUUCGGCGGCGCGGCCCUCUUCUACCUGGGCCUCACCAUGGUGGGCCAGAUGAGGAGACUGACCAGGUCCACCGUCGUAGCCCUGAUACUCCUCAUCACCGCCAAACUGUUGGUGAUGCCCCUGCUGUGUAGAGACCUGGUGGAGCUGUUGGACUGGGACAACAGCAGUGCCCUGAACCACUCCAGCCUCUCCAACUACGCCUUCCUCUACGGAGUCUUCCCCACCGCCCCCAGUGUGGCCAUAUACGCCGCUCACUAUGGCAUGGAGCUGGAAGUGGUGACCUCGGGGAUGGUCAUCAGCACGUUCCUGUCGGCUCCCAUCAUGUACGUGGCCGCCUGGCUGCUCACCAUCCCCUCCAUGGAGCCCAGCCUGUCAGUACAGGCGCUGCAGACCGUCAGCUUUGACAUCAGCAUCAUCAGCUCAAUUGCACUGAUGUGGACCAUCGCUGUCAUGUUCCUCAGUAAGAAAUAUAAGAGGCUGCCACACCUCUUCACUGUCAAUAUGCUUUUGGCACAGUUUUUGUCUUGUGUGGGCAUGAUGAUUUGGAACUUCACCGUGGAGCAAGGCUCAUUCCUGUGGGACACCUUGUCCUUCACUCUUCUCUACGGCUCCCUGUACAGCACCUACGUCUGGCCAGGUUUGAUAGCGCUGUCCCUUGUGCUUCAGAGGAGGAACGGGCAGCUGACAAUAAGUCCUGGUUUCCUUGUCAUCGCAGGCUGGGGAGUCCCUUGUUUGGUGAUGGGCAUCCUGCUCAUAACAGGCCGUUGGUCACCGGACACCAUUGACUCAGCGUUCUUCUAUGGCACAGCUCAGAUCAUCACCACAGGCGCGGUGCUGUUCUGCAGUAUUGUGCUGUGUGGGGGCUCCCUGAUCUGCCUGAGUCGUGACUACCGCACGCUGCGCCAGAGCAGCUCCAGCAGCCCAAACGGCCCAGAGGACACCCAGCCCCUGUCUGAGCCAGAGGACCAGACUCCCCCUGAAGAGCCCAGCCGCCCUGCAGAGGACGGGAACAGAGGUUGCCAGACGUGCGACCGUGCUCCCCCGCAGCAGCCCAUGCCGGACAUGAUCGUCAGCACUAACAUGAUUGACAGUCUACAAGGUGUGUGUGACAGCCGGUGCGAGUCGACUCGUUGUAUGCUGGCACAGGAGGAGGAGCGGCGGCGAGACUCGGACACUCAGCUAGGACGACACACACUGCUCUGCCUGCUGCUGCUGGUCAGCCUGCUAGCGAACCUGUCCAGCUGCAUCUGGUGGCUCUUCCACCGCGAGCCUGGGAGACUCUACCUGGAGCUGCAGUUCUUCUGUGUCAUCCUCAACUAUGGACAGGGGUUCAUCUCAUUUGGACUCUUUGGUCUGGACAAACAUCUUAUCAUUCUCCCAUUCAAACAGAGGAUAGCUAGACUGUGGGGCGGCAGAGGAGGGUCAGCUGAUCCCUCUCCCGGUCUCCCUGAGGAGAUCAGACUGACCUGCACCCAGUUCAUGAGGUACCACCAGGAGCAGUGCAUCCAGGACAUCGUCCAGAGGAAGAGGUGCGGUGAGCAUAGCGUGGCGAGCACCUUCCUGGGUAGCGACCUGGUGGAGUGGCUGAUGCGCGUGGGGCUGGCGCGGGACCGAGGGGAGGCGCUCCUCUACGGGUCGCGGCUGCACGAGGGGGGAGUCCUGCAGCACAUCACGCACAACUACUGCUUCCAAGAUGAGGAGCUGCACUACCACUUCACGGAGCCCACCACCACCACCACCACCACCACUACCACCACUCCACAACAGGAGGCGGAGGCUCACCCGGGGGACAGCAGACCCACCACCACGUACAUAGACGACGGGGCAUGACCAAGCAAACAACAUCCAUCACCAAAAUGGAUUUCUGAAACAUAACUGCUGCUACUAUGAUGUACUGUACUUACCAUAGGCGUGCACAGAUAGGGACGAGAUGAUGCCAAAGCACCUGCGCCUUUGUCCAAGAGGUCAAAAAAAAGGCUUUUUUGAAAGUUCUUUCCUCAAAGUUUUUUGUCACAAUGUAAUGUGAUCCAUGUGACAAUAAUACCCAGCAUGUGACAAUAAUACCCAGAUAUAAUAUAUAGCUUCUAUAGUCUAGUGAGGCUGCCAGAAGUUCCACGUGCCCCCAACACCCCCAUCUUCAGGACCUGCCCCCCAAAAUAUCUGUGCACGCCACUGCUAUUUACCUUAUUACUUGCAUGUUGAAAGAAAACAUGCAAGCAAAAGAAGAGGCCAAAGGAAAGUGAAACUUUAUUUCUCUGACUGUGACGCACAACAUGGCGGACUGGGAGAAGGCAAAUCCAAUAGUGAUCAUAUAAGAUCAAAUGACUAUUAAUACCCAUGGCAACACCCACCCACACUACAACACCAUCUACGGGCCUCCGCACACUGGUUCCGCCAAAGUGCGGCGCACUGCUCCGCCAAUGAUUGAUUCGACUGUUUUCAAUAGAACCCCGCACACCGGCACCAAUAUCCGGACAUCUGCGCUGGUGUGCGGGGUUCUAUUGAAAACAGUAGAAUCAAACUUUGUCAGAGCAGUGCGCCGCACUAUGGCAAAACCGGUGUGCAGAGGGCCUACUGGGCUCCUUUUGAGGCAUUAUCUUCCAAGUGGAUGGCAUGUGUUUUUUGCAAGCAGUGUGUAAAAUGAUUUUAAAUGCAUCAUUUUUACACCAAAUCAACUAUAGAUAUGUAGCUACUGACUAACGUAAAAUGGCUGCUUUUUUCAUUUCACAAUGUUCUUCCUUCCAAGGGAAUGUUGCACUGUUUUAUGUACAAUGUUAUGGACACUGUUGAUGCCAUAAGGUUAAGGCUUGAGCUGAGCUGACAAGACAGCAUGGUGAAUGUAAAAGACAUGGGCAGUUCUGUUGGUAAACAGUGGAAUGCCUUGGACUUAGCAACUCAUAGACUGUCAGGAAAUUCUCAGUUGUCAUAAGUAAAAUGAUUUUUUUUAUGAA